UCCACUUAACCACUUGCCAUUUAAUGCAAAGACCUACUGAGUUUUUACGCGGCGCAUUUGUAAAGCUCCCUUUAUUACAGUAGGACAUUACCGUGUGCCUUGACCCGUGACAUAAGUAGCCAGUUUGCUGGAAAGGAAAACAAAUCUGAAUUCAUUUUAUCGCUUAUGGAUAUCUUCCUCCUGUGGGGUAAUGGACGUCUAGCUGGUAGAAAUAAAAGGCUAGUUGCGUAUUUCUACCCGGUUUGCAGCCAGGGCUAGUUAUAAAUGAUAACCCACUAGACCUGAGGGGUCAGUAAGCUUCGGGUGUCCCUUUAAAGCAGAGCCCCGUCUGACGCCAUGUGAGAAGUAGCCUGCAGAGCUGCUACAUAAAAGGCGUGUGCGGCAACUAGUGCGGACAUAACAACUGUGUGACUGUGCAGCUGCUGCUGAAGGUGAAACGGGGCACUGGCACAAGUGGACUCAUAAGUCCGCCCUGUGCGCAGGUUUUGCAUUCAGAUUUGGGAUCGUGCCAUGCAUGCUAGAAAGGAUGAGACUACCUACUGCCUUAUUGUGAAUGAAACUGCAGCAGGACGACGGCUGCUGCGUGACUGGAUGGACUGCUGAAGGGCUGGAACUAGUGACCACCCAAGACCUAGACAAUGGUGCAUUUGGUGUCAUUUUUACACUUGGUCUCUGGUUAUUGCUGAUCUUUAGAAACUAACUGAGAUGUGUCCCCUAUUGCCUGGUAUGUAGAGAAGGGUCAUGCUGUAGAGGACAGCAAACACAGAGGGCUGCAGCAGGCUUGCAACAGAAGGGCUCACAGCAAGUCGGAACUGGAAAUUAAAGAUGAUUAAAAGACGAGUAAGCCUAGAUUUAAUUUUCUGCUGAACCAUGACGGUUUUAUAAAAAAUGAUCGCAAUUUAAAAGUAAAUGGGCCAUCAGCUACAGUACAGAGCGCUGUGGAGAUAACUAUUACGUUUACUUCUUUGUUCCAGGUUGUCCUGGGUCUCUGACAGAUCCUUCUUUUUCUAAGCGAUGAAGACGAUGCAGAGAGUACUGGAUGAGUUUGGAUAUGUUCUUCAUAGCUGAUUGCAUGCAUCGGUCCUGUAAGGUGGGACUAGUCAGUGGGACAUGGCACUAGCCACUGCUCUCUUUCCCUGAUGAUGUUCUUCAGCUGAGCUCAACGGUGUGAGUCCGGGAUGUCUGACAAGAACAACUCCAGGUUCCAGCCAGUGUAUAUUGGAAUAGAAGUGGUCAUAGCCCUAGCCUCCGUAUUUGGGAAUGUCUUGGUUGUGUGGGCUGUCAAAUUAAACAGGUCCUUGCGAGAUGCUACCUUCUGUUUCAUUGUAUCCCUGGCACUGGCCGAUAUCGCAGUAGGAGCAUUGGUCAUUCCACUGGCAAUAACCAUUGACAUUGGCCUAAAGACGGAGUUUUACAGCUGCCUGCUCAUUGCCUGUGUUGUACUGGUUCUAACCCAAAGUUCGAUCCUAGCUCUGCUGGCCAUUGCUUUCGAUCGUUACCUCCGAGUCAAGAUUCCAAUUAGGUAUAAGACCAUUGUAACUCAGAGGAGAGCUGGAAUUGGCGUUGCUGCAUGUUGGAUCAUAUCCAUUUUUGUGGGAUUCACUCCCAUGCUUGGAUGGAACAACCUAAGCAAACUUAACAUCAGCUCAAGUAACGCAUCUGUCAUCACAUGUGGAUUUGAGAAUGUUAUCAGUAUGGAUUACAUGGUCUACUUCAACUUCUUUGGCUGCGUAUUGCCACCUCUUGUUAUUAUGCUUAUUAUUUACAUUGAGAUUUUUAAUGUGAUUCGGAAGCACUUAAGCCGCAAAGCAUCGAUGAAUGGAAUGGACCCAAACAAAUACUAUGGCAAGGAGCUCAGACUUGCCAAAUCCCUGGCCCUAGUCUUGUUCCUGUUUGCACUUAGCUGGCUCCCUUUACACACACUAAACUGCAUCACUCUCUUCAGCCCCACAACGCCAAAGUCUGAUAUUGCAUUGUAUGUAGCAAUUUUCUUGACACACGGCAAUUCAGCUGUGAAUCCAGUUGUCUAUGCCUUCAGAAUUAAACGAUUCCGCAGAGCAUUCCUUCAGAUCUGGAAACGGUACUUUUGCUGCAGAAGUGGGCAGAACAUGAACAAUGACUGUGAUCUGUAUGGUAAUACAGAUGUAAAAAAUACUGUGUAAUAAAAAACAAUUAUGUCAGAUUUUGACUAAUUAAUGCAAUAUGUAAAAUACUCAUAUAUUCAGGUACUGAAAAACAUUACUAGAAAUUCAAAAUAUUCAAAAGGCAUCAUUAUUUUUUUAAUCUUAUCACAGAUGGUUCUCAUACCAUAGUCCACAUCUAAAUUUGAAAUAAAUGAGCAACUUCACAUAAGAAUGUCACAAACUGGAUUUUAUUUUUAAUGUCAUAGGAAAAGGUUUGAAAUAUACCUGUAUACUGUACACCUCUGCCUACCCCACUGAGGUUUAUUGUUUCAUUUCACUCUCUUCUACUUUUCUUGUGUAGUAAGCUGCAUUUUUAUUUAUUGACUAAUACAAUAAUAUUUUUCUUUAUUUUUCUGA